AUGCGCCGAGACUUGUGUGCACACGCUGGCGGAGAGCUUCUGAAACAACUACAGGAACUGGGGAUUGAAGUCCCGCCGCAAGACGAAGGCCUGGUUACCGCAGAGGGGACAGUGGUGCAGGUGAGAAACACUGCGGAGGGAGAUGGGAGGCAGGCGCCAAACACUCGCCAUGAUGAGGACGCUCGGUUUACGGAGAUGACGAGGCGCAUAGCAUCGCUGCAUAACGAUGUGAGGUACCUGGACGCCAGCUUCACCGUGAUCGCCAACUUCGUGGGCCUGAGCCGGGACGAGGUGGUGUCCGCUGCAACCCAACUGCUGCUGCAUGGAGGGGUCGCGGGGAACGGCACGAAAACAGAGGCGGGUGGCAACAAGCAUGCGCCACGCACACCCCAGCGUCCGUCUGCCCGGAAGAGGCGAGAUGACAGCAGUCCUGAGGAGGACGGCGUGCGCAACCUCACCCAGGUGGCGCUGGCCCCACCUGGACCUGACGUGUGGGGAGACAGGCUUGGGCAGGAGACGGCGAAGGCCGACGAAGAGGAGGAUCUCGUGUCAGACUCAGAUGACGAGGACGGUGGCGAAGAUACAAGUGCAACCAGGUACACGGGUGUGAAGCUGGAUCCGAACACCGGCAAGUACUGCGUCAAGAUUUUGUUUAAAGAACGUGGGAAGCGCAAGCAGCAGAGACUGGGAGGGUACACCACUGAGGAGGAGGCGGCAUUUGCAUACGCCGCCGGUGCGUUCGUGCUGAGGCCUAGCGAGAGGAUACCCAACACCGUCAGCCUGUCGGCCGCAGAGAAGGCAACGCUGCGGGGGUGCACCAAAGAAGAUUUACAGACCCUGGUGGAAGCGAGGAAGUGGUGGAGGUGGAGGAGUUGGCGUGAGGCGCUGGAGAGCGUGGGCCAGCGGUUGAAACGAGUGAGGAAGCGUGGGGGUGCAACAGGUGCAUCAAAGAGGCGCAGGGUUGUGGACCACGACCACACAGCUACCAACGACCCAGCGGCAACCGACAAUGCUGAGAGUGGGGGGACGGCCCCAGUGACAAACGAGCAAGGCGGAGGUGCAAGGGACAAUGACCAGGAAGAGCGGAGGGAAGACACUGGAGCUGAGGAGAAGACAUCAGAGAUGGCUGCAUAA